CAGUGGCGUUGUGAACCUCGGGUCUUUUGAUCGCGCGUGGCUCAUUCCAGGUGUGAACGCUAUGGCUGUCGGGCUCUCGUAUAGUGCCGUCUGGGCGUCUAGUGUGCUGAGACGGAAGCCCUGGGACGAACCCGACCGUGCACCCCAUACGCACUUGAUCUCGGCUGGUGCCGAAGCGUUCUUGGCGCCAAAGGAAGCCGACAUAUGGAGCUUAGACGCAUCGACAGCGGCCAUGAGUGGCUUUCUCCGCUUCCGCUUCCAGUCGCUCCGGUGCAUUUUUGAUACAAAACUAUGGCUCUUCUUCUUUGCUGAUACGGACCCAGUUGUGAUCAAGUCGCUUGUUGGCCCCUACGAGUCAAUGUCGCGGAUGGCCACCCCCGUCGCUGUCUCUAGCUCGGUCUUAGCAGCGCUCAAGGUCUGGAGUGGUCUGAUCUACCUCGCCGUGACGGCGGUCGGUAGUGUCUCGUAUCUGCGGCUCUCGACUGUGAAUUUGGCCAACGAUCUUUGGUGGGCCACGUACAACACCACGGGGACGCAGACAUUUCUCUCCAACUGGUUCAACCGAUACCUUUUCUUCAACGCUUCUCAACCGGCUACGCGCCUCGAUCUCCCAGUGUAUGCCGACACGACUGACUACUCACCUCCGAAUACGCGGGUUUCCUACGCCCUGCCCUACGCAAGACUCGUCCAGUACGAGUCGGGAAGGGACCUCGCCAUGAUGAUUCAAGGUCUUCGCUCCAUGGACGCCUCACACGACACUUUGAUCGCGUACAGCCCCAACUACGCAAGGCUCGUGCAAUACGAGUCAGGAAGGGACCUCACCAUGAUGAUUCAAGGUCUUCGCUCCAUGGACGCCUGCAACGCGCCGUGGAUCGCUACCAGCUACUGCUGGCUCGACUUUGAUCGACAAAUCGAGAUGGCCAACACACUUGGUCGUCAAGCGCGAUGUGACGCCAAGUACCAUAGUAAUGGCGCUGUCUACUUGGAGUCGAUUCUCAGAAAUGUCGACUGGCCCACGUUUGAGUCGUGCUGGGGCACCUCGUUUGAGAUUGGGGUUGCAAAAGACAUUGGCUCUCUCAAGCCCAACGGCGCUGCCUGGCUAAAGUCUCUGACCAGCGGCUCCAGCCUCUCUGUGGUCGAUGAAGCCAAAGUGUGGCAGUCGCUGGGUGUUUUGACGUAUACGACGCAGUGGCAAAACUACAAGGCACUCGGCCUCCAUGACGUUUUCUCAAUUGAGAAUGCGUUGGGAAUGAUGUACGAUAUGACGCUUCAGUCCACGAACGGCUCGUAUCAGUCGUCCAUGUCGACGUCGUGGAAGACAUAUUGGACGUUUGCGAGUGAUCUCUGGGCGAUCGCAACCAAUGGUUCUGGGAUCGCAGGGAGGUCGCUCUUACGGCCAAGUGCCCACUUUGCCUUUGCCAAUACGUCUCUGCAGUCUCUUAUGGUCUUGAAUUCGACACUGCAGACCCCACUCGAUGGUGCCCUACGCGCUUUCAGCGAUUCCAUUGGCCCGUUUGGUGCGGUGGACAUGUACCACGUGCAAUAUCCGCCGUCGCUUGCAAUACUGGUGCGUGAUAUCCGUGAAGCGCUCGGUGUCAUACUCGCCAAUACGAGCUCGAACGCUCAAGAAGAUUAUGCCAACCUCAUUUUGAUGAACUCGAUGAGUCCCGUCCCACGCCGCCUCGAUCGAAACAUGUACCUCUGCGCGAGCGGCAACAUCUUGUGCGGCCAAGUGCCUCGGGACUUGAAUUUGUCGUACGGGCUUUUGGAGUUCACGGGCGUCGACACCAUGUGCCACACCAGCUUCAACGAGUGGGUCUCCGUCUCUCCGAUGCAAGCGAUCGUUAGCGUCAUUGGCGCUGGGAUCCCACUCGACCCGACGACGUUGAUUCCGGUAGCAUGUACGGCCGAAGCGGUGGCGUUGACACAGUGCCUGGCGUUUCUCGACAGCGUAUCGACCUUUGUGUCGAGAUACUUAUCCACGACCGUGCUUCAAUCCUACCGAUCUCAAGCGUUAGUCGUUGAGACGGAUGUCCUCCAAACCUCGGUUGGUGUCGUGCAGUACGUCCGCCAUGUACCGACCAACCGCGUUGAGCUCUUCCAUCAAGUGCUUUUUGAUCCAUCCGAUGCGACCAUGACGUACACGAGCUACGCCCUCGCGUACGACUGGGUCGUCGGCGGGCGUGAAGCGCUAUCGGUUCAAGGUGACACGUCGUCCAUGGCACUUUUGUCGGCGGCAUCGUACUUGGCCACGCUGGCGGCAAGUAGUAUCGAGGUACCGCGCAAUGUUGCUGCGUACCUCCGAGGUCUCUGUCAGUACGUUUCAUUUGUGCUCGUGGCCCUCGCUUCUGUCACUGCCCUCUACGCUCUUUUUGGUGGCAGCGCUGGCGAGGGCCUCAACCUCUUCAAAAUCAACCGCGUCGGUGGCAUGAUCUGGGUCGGCCGGCCGCUGCUUUUGGCGCGCAGCUUCACCGCGCUGUCGCACGCGGCGUCGUCCUCCCGAGGGGUCGCAGCCCUCACGCAGAUCCUCGCGGCCGGCGAAGUCGGCUGGCUCGUCUACAUCUUUGACGACAUUUGCAUGCCACUGACACGAGAGCUCAGUGCUGCGUACGCGUUCAAGGCGUCUAUCCUCACGUGGUUCAUUGUUGCUGCCCUCAGCUUUACGAAUGGACUUUGA